GCUCGCCGGACACUGCGGGUCCCCGGGGACGGCGUGGGGCCUGUGUGGCGGCGGGACCGAGGCUUGGGGACCUCAGGACCUCGCGGUCGCGACCCGCGCCAGGUCUGGAGGCGUAGGCCCGCGGCGCGACGAGGGGGCCGGUCCACGGGGCGGGGCAGCUCCCGGCGAGUCCACCGGAGCAACCUGAGCCGCGACCCGAGGACGCCGGCGCGCCGCCAUGGGCCGAGGGAUACGGGCCGCCACCCCGCGGGACGCGCUGCUGGCCGGGCCGCCGCCGCUGCUGCUCGUGCUACCGCUGCUGCUGCUGCCCGCGACGCGCGCGCUCAGCGCCCGGAUCAGCCUGCCGCUGGGCUCGGAAAAGCGGCCGGUGCUCCGAUUUGAAGCUGAGGACGUGUCCAACUACACAGCCCUUCUGCUGAGCCAGGAUGGGAGGACCCUGUACGUGGGGGCCCGGGAGGCCCUCUUUGCCCUCAGUAGCAGCCUCAGCUUCCUGCCCGGCGGGGAGUACCAGCAGCUGCCGUGGAAGGCAGAUACAGAAAGGAAGCAGCAGUGCAGCUUCAAGGGCAAGGACCCUCAGCGUGACUGCCAAAACUAUGUCAAGAUCCUCCUGCCACUCAACAGCAGCCACCUGUUCGCCUGCGGCACGGCCGCCUUCAGCCCCCUGUGCACCUACAUCAACGUGAGGAAUUUCACUCUGGUGCGGGACCAAGCCGGGAAUGUUCUUCUAGAAGAUGGCAAGGGCCGCUGUCCCUUUGACCCCAACUUCAAGUCCACAGCCCUGGUGGUUGACGGCGAGCUGUACACUGGAACAGUCAGCAGCUUCCAGGGGAACGACCCGGCCAUCUCCCGGAGCCAAAGCCACCGCCCCACCAAGACCGAGAGCUCCCUCAACUGGCUGCAAGACCCAGCCUUUGUGGCUUCAGCCUUCAUUCCCGAGAGCCUGGGCAGCCCACAGGGGGACGACGACAAGAUCUACUUCUUCUUCAGCGAGACCGGCCAGAGGUUUGAGUUCAUCGAGAACACCAUCGUGUCCCGCAUCGCUCGCAUCUGCAAGGGCGAUGAGGGCGGCGAGCGGGUGCUGCAGCAGCGCUGGACGUCCUUCCUGAAGGCCCAGCUGCUGUGCUCGCGGCCCGAGGACGGCUUCCCCUUCAACGUGCUGCAGGACGUCUUCACGCUGAGCCCCAGCCCCGAGGCCUGGCCCGAGACCCUCUUCUACGGGGUCUUCACCUCCCAGUGGCACAGGGGCGCCUCGGAGGGCUCGGCCAUCUGCAUGUUCACCAUGGAGGACGUGCAGCACGCCUUCAACGGCCUCUACAAGGAGGUGAACCGGGAGACGCAGCAGUGGUACACCGUGACCCACCCGGUGCCCUCUCCCCGGCCUGGAGCGUGCAUCACCAACAGUGCCCGGGAGAGGAAGAUCAACUCGUCCCUGCAGCUCCCCGACCGCGUGCUCAACUUCCUCAAGGACCACUUCCUGAUGGACAGCAAGGUCCGCAGCCACCUGCUGCUGCUGCAGCCUCAGGCCCGCUACCAGCGCGUGGCCGUCCACCGCGUCUCGGGCCUGAACCGCACCUAUGACGUCCUGUUCCUGGGUACCGGUGACGGGCGGCUGCACAAGGCAGUGAAGGUGGGCCCGCAGGUGCACAUCAUUGAGGAGCUGCAGGUCUUCCAGCCAGGACAGCCUGUCCAGAACCUGCUCCUGGACACCCACAGGGGACUGCUGUACGCAGCCUCGUACUCGGGCGUGGUCCAGGUGCCGGUGGCCAACUGCAGCCUGUACCAGACCUGCGGGGACUGCCUCCUCGCCCGCGACCCCUACUGCGCCUGGGACGGCUCCGCCUGCCGCCGCGUCAGCCUCUACCAGCCUGAGCUGGCCUCCAGGCCGUGGAUCCAGGACGUCGAGGGGGCCAACGCCAAGGACCUCUGCGACACCUCCUCGGCCAGCCCCUUGUCUCCCAUACCAAGAGGCAAGAAGCCCUGUGAGCAGAUCCAGUUCCAGCCCAACACUGUGAACACCUUGGCCUGCCCGCUGCUGUCCAACCUGGCCACCCGGCUCUGGCUGCACAACAGUGCCCCCGUCAACUCCUCGGCCUCCUGCCGUGUGCUGCCCACGGGGGACCUGCUGCUGGUGGGCGGCCAGCAGGGGCUGGGGCGCUUCGAGUGCUGGGCGGUGGAGGGGGGCUUCCGGCAGCUGGUGGCCAGCUACUGCCCGGAGGUGGUGGAAGAUGGGGCCGCGGAGCAGACGGAGCGGGGCGGCAGUGUGCCGGUCGUGAUCAACACUUCGCGCGUGAGCGCACCCGCAGCCGGCAAGGCCAGCUGGGGCGCCGACAGGUCCUACUGGAACGAGUUCCUGGUGAUGUGCACGCUCUUCGGGCUCGCGGUGGUGCUGCUCGUCCUGUUCUUCCUCUACCGGCACCGCGACAGCAUGAAGGUCUUCCUGAAGCAGGGCGAGUGCGCCAGCGUGCACCCCAAAGCCCGCCCCGUGGCCCUGCCGCCCGAGACCCGGCCGCUCAACGGUGUCGGCCCGCCCAGCACCCCCCUCGACCACCGAGGCUACCAGGCCCUGUCUGACAGUUCCCCGGGGCCCCGGGUCUUCACGGAGUCCGAGAAGAGGCCGCUCAGCAUCCAGGACAGCUUCGUGGAGGUGUCCCCUGUGUGCCCCCGGCCCCGCGUCCGCCUGGGCUCUGAGAUCCGGGACUCCGUGGUGUGAGAGCCGACUCUGAGAGGAGGCCACGCGAGCCCGUAGCCCGCCUGGAGCCACGCCCGUGUGCCCAGCCGGCGGGAGCCUGGGAGCCAGCUGGUUGCCGGCCUUCAGCCAGGUGCAGAGCCGUGCCCAGGGUCCAGCUGCAAAGGGGCUGCCCAGGUGGCAGAACAGUGCUCCUGGUGUAAACUGAGCCCUUCGUGUAAGAAAUAAUUGAAAAUGUGAAAUCGGAGAGACAUGGAAGGCCAUGCACACAGCAGGGGCUACUAGGACUCCUUCCGAGUGGCCGUUUGGGACCGAAUUGGUGACCCCUCGCCUUAUCCUACUGCCGCAGGCUGCCUUCCCACCGCAGAGUCCGGGCCUGCUCUGCCAGCCGGCCGAGGACGUCGCCAUGGCUGCCAGUGUCCCUGCUCAGGGAUCAGAGGGCUGGGCCGGCACCGCAGCCCUCCCCGGCCGUGGGCUCAGCCCCCACCUCUGGACCUUUCCGGCCUGUAUCAGGCUGCGGCCACACGGGAGGGCAGCCUGAGCUACACAGCCUUUCCUGUGGAUCCAGGGAGGAGAGCAGUCAGCCUCCCAGCCGUGAACUUUAUUCAGAUCCAAGCUAGGAACCUCCCUGCGCCGUCGCCCCAGGCCCCUCGCCCGCCCCUCCACUCUAAGGGAUACGACACUGCCCAGCCAAGCACAGGGGCCUGGGCUUUAUGUGACUUUUGUAUGUUUUUAAUAAAAUGCACUUUACAUUU